AUGUUAUUACCAGUAUUCCCGAAAAGCCGUCUACCCGCUAUUUUCAGAGGCUACGCCACCGAAAAAUACGGCGGCAGAUUCAACAAGUUUUCUAAAAAAAGAAUAUCGCCUGCACCAAGUAUAAAAAGACAACUGAAACCAAAAAAGGCCAGGCAGCAUGAAUUUGGAGAUACUUUGCGUCAUGGUUUUGGGGAAUUGAAUGGACUUGCUAAUAUUGAUAAGAUUGAUAAUGUGAAAAGCAAUGUGGGUGUGAGAAGCCGAUUUUUAGAUUACAAGAUAUUGGAAGAAGUGCGAGACUUUUUCACCAAAGAAAUCAAACAAUACAGUUUAUUGUAUCAACAUCAGAAAAUAAGAGAAUCCAAACAGACCGAAGACAAUCCGACCCCAACCGAUAUCCAGAAGCUAGCAUUCUCAGAGAUCCUUAAGCCUAGAAAUCUGAAAAAUCCAUAUGAACUUCGGAUUUUCUCAAUUGCCGGAGAAACUGGGUGUGGGAAAACCUACGCCUAUAUGAUCCCAUUGAUUAACAAUUUGAAGACAGACCAAAUGAACAAAGUGAAUGAUGGCGACAAAAAGAAGAAAAUUGUUGAAUACAACGAGAAUUUCACCAAAACGCAGAUCAAUUCUGUGAUAUUAUUGCCAACUAAUGAAUUGAUUGAACAGUUAUAUGAUGUUUUGAAAAAUAUCUCUGAGUUGGGGUUGACGGUUUCCAAAUUAAAUUUUGAAAAUAAGGUUGAAGAUCUCAUUGCAUUGAAUAAGCCCGUUGAUAUUUUAGUUACCACCCCAGUGAAGUUCAAUGCAAUUAAGAAUUAUGCGGGAUCGUCCCAAGUUUACAGAAAAUUGGUGAGCUCCAUUAAAUAUUGUGUUAUUGAUGAGGCUGACACAUUACUUGAUCGCUCUUUUUUGAGUGAUACCAUGACUUCUUUCCAUCAAAUCUCUAACAUGUCCGGGAUGGUCAAGGAUCUAGUGAUCGUGUCAUCAACAAUUUCUAAAUUAUUCAACAAAAAUUUGAAUGAAGUGUUCAAGAACAAUAACAUCAUCAAGAUUUGCUCCAAAAGAAUUCACAGAAUCAGCAAAAAGCUUGAUAUGAGAGUGAUUGACUGCAAUAUGAAACCGUUUAGAAAUAGUAAAAUGAAUGCGUUGAAGCAAUGUUUGUACUCAAUUUAUUGUGAUAAUACUGAAGCAGAUUUACAAGUGAAAAAAGUUUUAGUAUUUGUUAAUGAAAAAGAGCUGGUUUCUAAAAUUUAUGGUGAAUUAUGCAGUGAUGAUGCAUUCAAAGGUUAUGAAAUCUAUAAAAUUACCGGGGAAAACCUGAUUGAAGACAGAAUGCAAAUCAUGAAGGAUUUCAAUUCGAAUGAUGCGUUAUUGGAGGAUGCCUUGUCCACUAACCAGAAAUCUAGUGACAAAACUGUGAAGAUUCCAAAUAGCAAUAUCAAACUCAACAAAUCUAGUAACAAUGACAGUACAAGUCAGCCACGUCUAAAAGUGCUUGUGACCACUGACAUUCUUUCCAGAGGAAUCAACUUCCAACAAACUUCUAAUUCUGUUCUUUAUGACAUCCCAAAAACCACUGCUGAUCUUGUGAACCGCGUGGGACGUGUAGGACGUAUUGGCCUUCCAGGUAGAGUAUUUAUGCUAGCUGCAAAAGGAGAGAGUAAGGGCUGGGUCACUGGGCUUCCAAAAGCCGUCAAGAACGGUACACCAUUGGCUUGA